CUCUGUUGCGAAGGUAGUGGCGUUGGUGUGGUAGAAGCAAGUGUUUCCUAUGAGCUUCUGCUGUUGCCUGCUUAGGAAUAGCAACAGCAAUUCCGCCAAUAUAUCGUCAAGUUUUGACACCAAACGCGUUAGCGUUACCUCAACGCAUCCACACGAUAUAACAGACCGAUGUCUCGCUAGGUUUCGGCGGCGCUGCGGACAGCAAGGUGUGCGAUAAUAGUCGGAAUAUUACGAUGCCAUCCCCGAUGGAGGGGUCUUCAAAGAAAGGUGACCUGUUUACUGUGAAACAUGAGCUGAAGAAUGCCAACCUUACAGGCCAUGUGGAGAGGGUGGGCAUCGAGAACUUUGAACUUCUUAAAGUUCUGGGCACCGGAGCGUACGGAAAGGUGUUCCUCGUACGCAAGGUGAGCGGCCACGACACGGGGAAGCUGUAUGCCAUGAAGGUCCUGAAGAAGGCCACCAUCGUGCAGAAGGCCAAGACCGCCGAGCACACACGCACCGAGCGCCAGGUGCUGGAGCACAUCCGCCAGUCGCCCUUCCUCGUCACGCUGCACUACGCCUUCCAGACUGACACCAAGCUGCACCUCAUCCUCGAUUAUGUGAACGGGGGGGAGCUCUUCACCCACCUGGUGCAGAGGGUCCGCUUCAAGGAGCAGGAGGUGGCGCUCUACAGCGGGGAGAUCGUCCUGGCGCUGGAGCAUCUGCACAAGCUGGGAAUUGUCUACCGGGACCUGAAACUUGAAAACAUUCUACUGGACUCGACCGGUCACAUUGUACUCACAGACUUUGGCCUCAGUAAAGAAUUCGAUCAGGUGGAGAGGGCCUUCUCCGUGUGCGGGACCAUUGAGUACAUGGCUCCGGAGAUCGUAGAAGGAGGAGCGUCCGGCCACGACAAGGCCGUGGACUGGUGGAGCUUGGGGGUCCUGAUGUACGAGCUGCUGACCGGGGGCUCACCCUUUACUGUAGACGGAGACGAGAACUCCCACACAGACAUCGCCAAGAGGAUUCUGAAGAAGGACCCCCCCUUCCCCAGAGACAUGGGACCGCUGGCCAAGGACCUCAUUCAGAGGCUGCUCAACCGGGACCCCAAGAGGAGGCUGGGCUCCGGGCCCGGAUCAGCCGAGAACAUCAGGGGCCACCCCUUCUACCAGAAGAUCAACUGGAAGGAGCUGGCUGCCAAGGAGGUCCCUGCUCCCUUCAAGCCGGUGAUCCGGGACGAGCUGGACGUCAGCAACUUUGCGGAGGAGUUCACGGAGAUGGACCCCACCUACUCCCCCGCGGCCCUGCCCCAGAACUGUGACCGCAUCUUCCAGGGCUACUCUUUCAUGGCGCCCUCCAUCUUGUUCAAGAGGAACGCCGUGAUGGACGACACCCUCCCGCUGGGUGGCGCCUCCGAGAGGCCGGGUGCCGCCGCCGUGGCCCGCAGCGCCAUGAUGAAGGACUCCCCCUUCUACAUGAGCUACGAGAUGGACCUGCAGGAGAACGCGUUGGGGGAGGGCAGCUUCUCCAUCUGCAGGGGCUGCAGGCACAAGAAGACGGGCCAGCACUAUGCCGUCAAGAUCGUCAGCAAGAGGAUGGAGGCCCAGACGCAGAAGGAGAUCGCUGCUCUGAAGCUGUGUGACGGACACCCCAACAUCGUCAAGCUGCACGAUAUCUGCCACGACCAGCUCCACACCUACCUGGUGCUGGAGCUGCUGGGGGGGGGGGAGCUGCUGGAGCGCAUCAGGAGGAAGCAGCACUUCAGUGAGUCGGAGGCCAGCCGCAUCAUGAGGCGCCUGGUGUCGGCCGUCAGCCACAUGCACGACGUGGGCGUGGUGCACCGGGACCUGAAGCCUGAGAACCUGCUCUUCACGGACGAGAGCGAGAACUCUGAGAUCAAGAUCAUCGACUUCGGCUUCGCCAGCCUGAAGCCGCCGGAGAACCAGCUGCUGAAGACGCCGUGCUUCACGCUGCACUACGCUGCGCCCGAGAUCCUCAAGUACGACGGCUACGACGAGUCCUGUGACCUGUGGAGCCUGGGCGUCAUCCUGUACACCAUGCUGUCGGGCCAGGUGCCGUUCCAGUGCCAGGAGAAGAGCCUGACCCACAGCAGCGCCGCUGAGAUCAUGAGGAAGAUCAAGCAGGGAGACUUCUCCUUCAAGGGGGAGGCAUGGAGGGGCGUCUCCCAGCAGGCCCAGGACCUCAUCCAGGAGCUCCUGACUGUGGACCCCAACAAGAGGAUCAAGAUGUGCGGGCUGCGCUACAACGCCUGGCUCCAGGACGACAGCCAGCUGUCAUCCAACCCCCUGAUGACCCCCGACAUCCUGGGGUCCUCCACCGCCUCCGUGCACACCUACGUCAAGGCCACCUUCAACGCGUUCAACAAGUGCAAGCGGGAGGGCUUCCGGCUGCAGACGGUGGACAAGGCGCCGCUCGCCAAACGCCGCAAGAUGAAGAAGUCGAGCACCAGCACGGAGACGCGGAGCAGCUCCAGUGAGAGCACCCACUCCUCGUCCUCCCAGGAGAAGGGCCCGGCUGAGGGGGGGCCGGCCCUCACCUCCACCCCCGCCGCGCCCCCGGCCGACCCCCACCCGCCCUCCAACACCCCCGUGGACACGGCGCUCUCCCCGGGGACACAGAGGGAGGAGCUGCCUCUCCGGCCUCCCCCUCCAGCCUUCCACUUCUCUGAGGCCCAGUGA